AUGCCUGCUGACAGUCUUCGCAAUAUCGCCCAACGGGCAGCAGCCCGGUUUCAUGCUGGCAUCGAAUCUAUUGGAGACCUGCCAUGGGACCUCGUACGGCCCAUUAUAAUCAGGAUCGAGAGUCCUGAACGACUGUACAAUAUAGAGCAGGCCUCACCACAGAUAAUAGGUCUUGACGAAGAAUGCUGGCUUGCUUUUAUGAAACGUGACAUUCCCAGCUAUCAAAGCCGGCCGCACCGGCCGAACGAUCCAAAGAAUUGGUACAAAGCGUACCGCAAGCUGAAGAGAGAGGCCGAUGCCGAGAUGGCGUCUGGAACUGAAAGGCUCAGGGCUGCAUUCGCCAGUAUCAAAGAGGAGAAGGACCAGAAUCUCGCUAAGCUCACCACCAAGAUCUCUAUGCCCGCUACGCGACGGGCGAAUGCCGGCUGGACGGGUAGAGGGCACUUUGCACCGUCAACGAGAAACAUGAGUGCCUCGGACAGGAUCAAGCGAGAGCAGCAGGAUGCUCAGAGGGCGCGCAUGCUCCGGGAACGGAAUCAAAUCAAACUUGGCAAGCAGAUGAAGCAAGCUCCGACCAACAAUCCGACCAAAGUUGCCGUGGCUCCGCGAUCAAUGGUCGAGGAGAUGAAGAAGCGGAAUGCCUCUCCACCACAUGAGCCUCCUGUGCAAGCUGUCAGGGUACCUAUUCGCCGACCGGCUGGAUCUCGUCCACCGCUCCACGCACCAAAAGAGACCGAGAGAAGGCGACCGAGGGAGGCGGGUGACGGGUACGAUCUCAUCCAGGACCGCGAAGCUCGUCUGCGGGCGCUGCAGACAAAGAAGAUUGCUAACGAACCCGCACCGAGAGCCGAUGCAGGCGACACUGGCGGACUUUCGCUCGACUUUCUUGAAGAGGACGACUUGUUCUCAGACGGAGACCAUGACAAACCUCCGACGAAUGCCCCGCAGCCUUCCAAGCCUGCCCACCUUCGCCCAACGCCAGAUAAUUCAGGGAGGGCUGUCAGUCCGGAACCUCGUCUGGCGAGUCCGCGAUCGAUGCCGGCAAAGCGCAAAGCACCGCCUUCGCUCUUCAUGUCCUCGCCAGCGAAGAAGGCUCGUCCUGGAGUGAUGUGA